UUUGUAAAUUUUUCUAGUUAUGUUUAUGGUUUUGAAGACCAUAUGCAUUUAGAAAUGUAGAGAGAGUGGUAUACAUGUGAACAUGGUUUGAAUUUGACAUGCAUAUGGGAUUUGAGUUCUAAACUUGCUGCUUGUAUGUAUGAUGUAUGGAUUUGCAUAUUGGUACAGAAGUUUCUUGCUUGUAGUCAUAUUGGGUUUAAGCAAACAAUUCUGAAAUUUCUACUCCUCUUCUUGUUCAAUUCAAUCUGUUCAUGAUUACGCGUUGGACAGGCAGAUUCACAUCUCUUGCAACCAACACAAUCGUAUGCUCUUUGGCGCAGAACCAAUUUGCCUAGCUUUACACCCAUCCUAUGUGGAAACAUAGAUAUUGAGGCAGAGACAGAGAGAGAGAUCAUGGAAUCCGUUUGAUUAAGCUUGGAUAUGAUCAGCUUCUGAAACUGACUUCGGACAAUUUAGUGAAGGGAACCCAAAUAUGAACUUUAGAAACUUUGGAUUUGGAAAUGAGCCGCUGGGGGACGGGGGAGCCGGUGGUGGUGGGAGGCCACCGGGGACUUUCCCUUUGGCGCGACAAUCAUCGGUUUAUACCUUAACAUUUGAUGAGUUUCAGAGUUCCUUGGGUGGGGGUGGAAAGGAUUUUGGGUCAAUGAACAUGGAUGAACUGUUGAAGAACAUUUGGAGUGCUGAGGAGAUCCAAACCACCAUGGGGAUAGCUAAUAUUGGGCAAGAAGCAGAUACCCCUAGUGGGUAUUUGCAGAGGCAAGGCUCCUUAACGUUGCCCCGGACCCUGAGUCAGAAGACCGUCGAUGAAGUCUGGAGAGAUUUAGGUAAGGAAAGUGGUGGUGGGAACGAAGCCAAUGGUGGUCGUAGUGGUGGUGGUGUUGGAGGAGGAGGAUCGAUUUUGCCAGAGAGACAACGAACGUUGGGAGAGAUCACACUUGAAGAGUUCUUGGUGAGAGCUGGUGUUGUGAGGGAGGACGCUCAAUUUCAGGGAAAACCAAAUAAUAGUGCUUUGUUUGGGGAUUUUUUGCGUUCUAGUGCUAAUAGUGCCUCAGGAUUCGGGUUUCAACAGAUGAAUGUCGCAAAUCCAAACUUGGGAUUGAUGGGAAAUAGGAUUCCUGAUGCUAGUAAGCAAACUUCUAAAUUACCAGUGAAUGUGAAUGGGGUUAGAUCAGCACAGCAGCAGAUUUUCAUGCCACAACAGCAGCAACAACUUUUUCCCAAGCAAUCUAAUCUGGCUUAUGCCAACCCCAUGGCUAUACCAAUUAGUACUCAAUUGGGUAGCCCAAGAAUUGGGGGUGGGAUUGUUGGAAUUACGGAACAGUCGAUAAAUGGUAAUUGGGGGAUAAGUGGUUUGGGGCCUGGUGGAGUUGCAGUUGCAGUGGAUUCCCCGGUUUCAGAUGGGCUUGGGAAGACUAGAGGGGAUACCUCUUCUGUGUCGCCGGUUCCUUACGUGUUUAAUAAUGGGGGUUUACGGGGACGAAGAUGCAGUAGAGAUGUGGAGAAGGUUGUUGAGAGGAGACAGAGAAGGAUGAUAAAGAACAGGGAAUCGGCUUCAAGAUCACGGGCUCGUAAGCAGGCCUAUACUACUGAGUUGGAAGCAGAAGUUGCAACCCUGAAAAAUGAAAACGAAGAAUUACGCAAGAAACAGGUUUCAGAGAUGAGGAGUAUGCAGCAGGGAGGUAAGAGACGAUGCCUGAGGCGAACACUAACCGGACCAUGGUGAAGGCCGUAUAUACGUAGAUAAAUGGUAGCUAGAUGUAUAUAUGCAAGGGAAACAUGUAUCCACUGUAGAUAAAAAGAGAGUUUUGUUGCAGCUUAGUCCUCACUGUUUUGGUGAAGUCUUUCUGCCUUGUCUAUAAACAUACUGCAUAGUUAGAGAAGUAGAAGGGACCAAGGAGCAAACAUAUAGGUCAUUGUGUAGUUUAUAUGUGAUUCAGCAUAUUAUAUAUGGCCAGUCCUUUAUCAGUAAAAA